AUUUCCUCCCCAGUUCCACCUCGCGAUUGCGUCCUGCACGUCGCUGCGAUAGUCAAAAUCGGCAAGGGUUCUGUCCAGCCAUGGAUGCAGAGGCUUUGCGAAACUUUGCGGUGUCUGCGCAGCCCCUUCAAUAUCCUCCCUACAAUGAUUCGAAUGCCCCGCGAACUGCUCAAGAGGUGGCUGCCGCAGCUGCGGGUUAUGCUCCUGCCGACUCGAUUGACCCCAAUAUCUCGGCCUACGAUGUGAACGCGGAAGUGCAGAACGAUGAUCCUACAUCCCAAACACAAGACCACCACGAUCAUGGCCAUGACCAAUCGAUGUCACACCGAGUCCAAACACACAGUCCUCCCCAGACGCGUCAUACUCGGGCGUCUCAAGAUCUGACUACGGUAUCAUCAGAGAAUAAUCACGGUCCACAAUCAAUCGACUUUCAGGAUCAAAUCUAUGCCCAACCAUCCUCGCAAAAUGAGUUUGUCUGGAAGAACUCUUCAUCGGCCUUUCCCAAUGGCACGCCACAAACCAGCGCCAGGCUGUCUGGAAAACAAGCCUCAGUGUAUAGUACUCCACAAGGUCUGGUUCAUGCGGACCCUUGGUCGACGCACUACCACGAUCCAACACAACUAGAAACGCCCACUUCGAACCUCGACCAAGAACUCGAUCCUGCGGUGGCCGCCAACCCCUUCAGCGACACAUUCCCCUUGAUUCCUCAUCCCCCCGACCUCGAAGUCUGGCGCGAGAGACUCUUUAACAUCACCGAGCCCCUGGUAUUGUCGGAAGAAGAAUACUUGACCUAUUUUCCCCAUGUGGACAACGUCUAUUCACACCGCUCUACUCAGAAGUACAAAAGAAAGCCAUUCGUAAGCCACUACUGGGAUUGUCGUCUCAAGGGCAGACCUAGUGGUACCCCGAAGAGCACGGAUCCCAACAAGAAGAAGCGUAAGCGACAGGCUCGCGAACGAGAUCUUUGUGAUGUCAAAAUCAAGGUGACGGAAUACUUUGGUACUGAUCAGGCGCAAGAGAUGGGCAUGUCUGCCAACGACUUCAAUAGUCUCAACGGUGCUAACAACAUUCCGACCGACCCAGCUCUCACGGGAGACAACAGCCAGUUGACCAUCGUGCUCGAGGAUGGCGUCAAUGGAAAUGGCCCAACUAGUAAUCCAGCCGACCCAAACUUCGGUCUGCUAGAGUUACCUCGACGCUUACCGAAAGGUCAUCCUGGCGCCGAUGGCAAACGUUGGUUCACCAUCCAGCGUGUAAGAGGCAAUCCAGGUGGAGGUGCGGUCAAAGACAAACGCGACAGUAUUGGUGAUGGUCUUGGCGAGGCCGUUGAAGAAGAUGACUCUUCACUCCUCGACCCUAACCUCGAUCUUGACCACAAACACACCCUGGAAGAAAGUGACAGAAUCAAGAAAAAUACUGUCCAGAGAUGGAUGUUGAAAGAGGAAAAGGAGAAGAAACGAUUGAGCAAGAUACCAACACCAACAGCAACAAUCCAAACCUCGACCAGCAGUGACUCGAGCUCCCCAACUUUCCGCGCCAGUGGCAUGGCAUUCUUCACCGCUCGUGAUCACUCGAGACCAGUGUCGUCUAAAAUCACAUUCUAUGCCAACAGCUUUUGUCCAUUCGCACAACGUGUAUGGAUAGCUCUGGAGAUCAAGGGCAUUUCCUAUCAAAUGGUAGAAGUCUUGCCUGCUCACAUCGACUCAUACCGUCCACCAGAACUGCUCGAGUCCAAUCCUGAAGGACACAUCCCUUGUAUCCGCCAUGGCAAUUGGGCUGUUUGGGAAAGCGGUGUUAUGAUGGAAUAUUUGGAAGACUUGGCCAUGGGUCACAGUCUCCUGCCGCUGGGUAAUCCACAACUCCGGGCGCACUGCCGUCUUUGGACAGAUCACAUCAACCGCAAGAUCCUACCAAGUUUUUACAGUCUCCUCCUGACGCCACCACCACAGAACCAAGGUUCCCCGGCCGAUAUGGAUGGUGACACGGACAUGAAUGGCCAGGCACAAGCCAUGGCAGCUGGAGCCGCACAGCACGAAAUGCUCAUGGCCACACUCCAGAGAAACAUCACGGCACUAGUCAACGCAUCCCAUGUGACGGGACCGUUUUUCCUGGGCAACGAGAUUGGUUUUGUUGACGUCAUGUUCGCGCCUUGGAUCAUUCGCUUGUCCCGGGUGUUGAGUUAUUAUCGCAACUUCCCCCGUCCCGAGGUUGGCACACGCUGGCGGAUGUGGGUCGACGCGAUCGAACAUGAUGAGCGUGUGAAACGAACCGUCAGCGACGAGAACUCGUACCACGGCGUGUACAGAGGUGUCGGCGAGGACGGCUGGGACUCAUUGAUGUCCAGAGACGGGUCUGGUCCACGGAAGAACAUGGUUGAGAUUGCAUUUGCGAAGCGUGUCGUCGCUCAGGAAGGGUUUGGAUUGGGCGGUGACGUAUGGGGCAAAUUGAGAGAGGAGCAUACAGUGCACUCGCAUGGCCAGCAACAACGCGGAUUGACCGUUGACCAAGGCGUUGCAUAGUGUGAUUUGCAUGUCACAUGUGAUUCGUGGUGUGUCAAUGUCAGUGUCAAUCCUUGGAAUGAAGGUCGAAUCAAGGUUGAGAAUCACGCUGUGGUAUGAUUGAUCUCAGUGGGUGUGAUUUGCCAACGUUGUGGCUACUGUAUGGCUUUGUGGUUGCCCGAAAGAAAAGAGAAACACAUUCGAUGGACUUGGUGUUCUUCCCUCCCUUGCGCAUGAUCUUGUGGGGGCGGGCAUGGGAAGCGAGAACAGGGAAAGAGGUUGAGCAUUGUUUUUCUUGACAUCGAUGAUGAUUCGUACAUAUCCCCAGAACAGUUUGAUACGAUUGAGCUUGAACGCAGCAGGUUUGAGAAGUUAAUAAUGCCCAGGUAGUGGACGGUAACAUUUGUACACAAUUGAAAGUAGCUCCUACAGAGCACUAUAGUCUA